AUUCAAAUAGACCUUGUAGUUACAGAAUUACAGUCAGUAUGGGUAUGCCAUUUUCGAGCAGAGGCCUAAAAAUAGGCUCAGAGUAGAAAAGGUUUAAACCCAGGAAAUACCACCUCAUUUGUCAUUUAUUACUCUCACUGUUUCGAUACCUUGUGGUCUUCAUCAUUAUUUUACCGUCUCUUGGAUCAGAUCCUUCACAGAGAUAUGAAGGCAGCCAACGUGCUCAUCACCAGAGAUGGUGUCCUGAAGCUGGCGGACUUUGGUUUAGCUCGAGCCUUCAGCCUGGCUAAAAACAGCCAGGGGAACCGCUACACCAACCGCGUGGUCACACUCUGGUACAGACCUCCAGAGCUGCUACUGGGUGAGCGGGACUACGGUCCCCCCAUCGACCUGUGGGGAGCAGGCUGCAUUAUGGCCGAAAUGUGGACCAGAAGUCCCAUAAUGCAAGGCAACACUGAGCAGCAUCAACUCACUCUCAUCAGCCAGCUCUGUGGUUCCAUCACUGCUGAGGUGUGGCCUGGCGUGGAUAAGAAGUAUGAGCUUUACCAGAAAAUGGAGCUGCCCAAAGGCCAAAAGAGGAAAGUAAAGGAUCGUCUCAAAGCUUAUGUCAAAGACCCGUACGCCCUGGAUCUGAUCGAUAAACUCCUGGUCCUGGACCCGGCACAGCGCAUAGACAGUGACGACGCACUCAACCACGACUUCUUCUGGUCCGACCCCAUGCCCUCAGACCUGAAGAACAUGCUCUCCACCCACAACACCUCCAUGUUUGAAUAUCUGGCCCCACCCAGACGGAGAGGCCACAUGCCACAGCAGCAGCCCAAUCAGAACAGAAACCCAGCCACCACCAGUCAGACUGAGUUUGAUCGAGUGUUUUAGUGGUUGAAGAAACUUAUGGAUGGUACUUCUCACAAUUGACAACUUUAUUUCCUAACCAGCAGAAUAUUGAGGAAGCCACACAUUCCUUUUUUGGUUGGGGUUUGGAGCUCUACUGCUCUGUGUGUAUAUGGCAGAGGAUGCAGGUUGUUUGGGUUGACCAGGAACAGGACUUUAAUAUUCAAUUCAUGCAGAGCCCUAUGCAAGCCAUGUUAUUAUGUUCCACCUUUGUGCUUUCUCUCCAGGUAGUAAUGAAGAGACUGAUGUUCAACUCUGUAGACAUGGCUUGGCUGUGUGCUUGGUGGCCAUGAUUAGACGAGGCCCAGAUACCUUUUCAUUGUGAUUACUUGAGGAGAGAUUCUGGUGGGUUUUUCCUUUUUUUUAAAUUUACAUUUUCACACAUGAUUAUUGUUUUGUUUAAAAAAAAUUGCCGUCUCUUUAAAGGCUGUGCAGUAUUUGAGGUUUUUAUUUAAACCAUUUUACGCAAAUAAUUCACAAAUGACCAAAUGUUACAUACCCAAAAUAAAAUAGUUAUUACUCAACUUGA